GGGGACGCUUUAUAGAGCCAUGAAGCUUUUGAAGUUUACGUGAGCAUGUUGUUGUGUCUUUUCCGACACAUAAUACACUUUGGGAAAAGUCGCUCAUGGGCGCCCCGCCUUCCGUCUGCAGAGCAAAGUACGCCGCUCGGCCUGUACUGCACGAGUUGAGGCCCAAUGAACGUAAAUGGGCGAGAGGGCGGCUACGCGGAGAGUCACACCUGAUAACAGGGAGAACAGCAUUAGUCGUCCGAGCGCGCUGACAUAAUUUCCUUGAAGUGGUGAAGACGGGGAUUUGUAGUGGAGGGGAUGCGUCUCCGGUUAUUUCCAUUCUAGUUGCGUACAAAUAACGAUGUUUGUGGUUGGGUAACUUCUGCGGAGAUUUUUUUCUUUUCUUUUCUUUUUUUAACUUUUGUUUUUGAUGUCGCGCGUCUCGGCGCGUAUAACUGCCUGGGUAACUACCACUGCCUCGCUGCUGUUCUCACGACGUACAAUCUGGAGGGCAACUGCAACUUGUCCAAACUUUUUGUCGACUUCAUCGCUGGUGGGGACACUUUUCGGAGCUGCAGAUGACGUGGACCAGCACUAUGAGCAGUGGAUACAGCAGUUGGGAAGACGACUCUGGGGAAUAUUACUUCACAGCGAAAACUUCGUUCAUCAAAAAACCUCCAGUGAAAUCCAUCAGCGGGAAUGAAAAGGAAAGAGAAACCUCCUAUUUAAGCAAAGAUGAUCUGCAGCACAAGCUUGAAUUCUACAACUCUGCAGUCAGUGACAAUUUCAGAAUGACCUUGAAUCCUAAUGGGACAACAUACACUGGAUUUAUCAAAGUCCACAUUGAGCUGAAGAGGCCAAUUACAGUGGAAACAUCUGGAAGCCAUGAGCGUAACAACAACACUGAAACUGCCUUCUACACGCCAAAGGGCAGUGCAAACAUUCUUCACAUCAGCAGCAUUAAUACUGUUCGAGAAGUGAUUGAGGCACUUCUCCGUAAAUUUACUGUGGUUGAUAAUCCUGCUAAAUUUGCUCUAUUUAAAAAACGCCAGAAGGAUGACCAAGUGUAUACAUGCAAACUGUCUGAUGGAGAACAUCCUCUGCUUUUACGAUUGCUUGCAGGCCCUGACACAAACGUUUUGAGUUUUGUUCUGCGUGAGCAGCAGACUGGGGAAGUAAUGUGGGAUUCCUUUUCUGUUCCAGAGCUUCAGAACUUUAUUCAAAUAUUGAACAGGGAAGAGGAGGAGCACCUGCAGCUGUUAAGAAGGCGUUAUGCCACAUACAGGCAGAAGCUAGAAGAGGCCUUGCAAGGGCAAAGGACUCCUGGGUAACAUGGAUCCAAAAACUGAAGCAUGCUUAUAAAGUUGAUUUCAAAAAUCAGACUUCAGGACUUCCCAGUGCUUCCAGCUUGAGCAGUUCCUUUACUCCACCAGUGUCUUCAGAUAAUGCAUUAGGUCUUUCCUGUUUUGGAUAAUUUGAUUUAUUUUUGUUCAACCUGUGAAAUAUUCAGAAGAAGAAAAUUCUGAACCCCUUAUUUUAAGUUAAUCACACUUUGUGAGCAUUAUGUACUGUAAAUAUGUUUUAAGUUAAGAUGAUCAUUUACUACUUUAGUCAUGGCGAUGAAGAGGAAUAUUGUCUUAUUUUUUGAAACUAUGUUCAGGAAUUUUGUGAAGAUUAAACUGUGUGCUUUUGUAGAAGUUUGGUCAGGAUUAUAGUAUGGUAGAUGUUGAUAGCAGUAGCUGUCAAGGAGGUGGUACAAUUGAAUGUUUUGAAAUAAAAGGUUUGAGUAUGUUAAAGUUGCUUGAUUUGGACUGUAAAUGAUGAAUGGAAAAGAAGAAUGGAAUACUUGCGUGGUUGUGUAUAACACAAUUCUAUAUACUUGUUUUUAUAUUAAAUGUAUAAUACUGUUUUAGCUUGUUUUAUUAGUACUGUAUUGUAGUUUUCUUAGUGCUUAACAUCUCUACUGCUAAACUACAGUACCUUCUUUGAAGCCAUCAAGUGGAGUGUUAUUAGGGGGAAAAACCAUCUACUGGAAAACUACUGUAGCAUCCUAUUCUGCUUGGGUCUGUAAAGAAAUUGUUUUUGGUUUAAAAAAAUGUUUAUUAGAAUAAGACUGAGGACGAUUUACGUACAGAUUUAUUUAGCUAAAUGCUAUUUUUCUGCAUUCUCAUAUAGACUUCUCUGCAGAGCCAUCAUAGAGGAAGUGCCUGCAUGGUGGAAUGUUCUGAAUGUGUAGAAUUGCAAUGUAACUUUAUUUGAUAUACUGUAAUCCAGUGGUGAAUGACUGGUUAAAGCGCAACCUCCAGUUAUUUCUACUGUGGCAGUUAUUGGCUAUAUCCAAGUUUAAAAAUAUAUAUACAGUAUAUCCAUAAUUUGUAGACUAAAUAUAGGCACUUUACUACACAAUUCAGGGAUUUUGUUUUUGUGUAUUGACUUUUUUUUUUUUGUAAUGUUAUCAGUUUGUUUUAUGCAGAAACAUUUUAUUUCCUUUAUAAAUUGAACUGUAUUAAGGUUUGGUUUGAGUGGUUUAUUUAUUUUGGGGGUUGGGUUUUUUUUGUUUUAAAAUGUUUUAGCCUAACCAAAGAAAUAAAAUUGACUUUACUGAUUUACUGUGAAGAGUUUAAAAUAAUUAAGAUGACAAUCUGUUGGAGAAGCUGCAUUUCUGUUAUCUGAUUUGUCACACUUUAAAGUGAUGUUUGAAGAGUUUUAUAAGAGAGCUGCUUUUUUGAAAUCUAAAUACUUUUUUGGAACUUUUGGGAAAUUGUUUAUUUUAUUGCCAUAUAUCAAAGAAGGCUAAAUUUGUAUACUUGAAAAAGGAAUUUUAUCAAGAUUUUUACUCCUGAUUGAAUAAUUAUAAUUUUUUUUUUUUUUUUAGUAACAGUGAGUGAAAUGUUAAUUGCUUGUAGUCUGAAUAGUUCUUUCAGUAGUUAGUGCCUCAGGGUUUGGGUUUUGUUUUUUUGUUUUUUUAUUCAGUAAUUUAAUGUUUUCAGUAAUGUUGCAAAAUGGCCAGUUAAAUAUUUAUUUUUUUAAUUGUAAAGAAUUUCAGCUCUUUUGUAACUUAUGCAUCAAAUGUAUAUGUUAAAAGCAAUUUGCCUUUUACUUAAUAUUUUUCAGUUCUGGUUAGAUAAAAUAGUCUCAAUAGCUGAUAAAAAAAAUAGUUCUAAACAAAUAUUGCAUUUGCCAAAUUUGGGUUUAUUUGCAUGUCAUGUACUAUUAAACCCCUUUAUUUCUAUUUUCUAACAGUCUGAAAAAUAUUGCACACUGAUAUAAUGUAUAUGCACGUUUUACUUUUUUGUAUAUUAUCUGGCUUUGUUUAGAAAGUAUUACACUAUCGGGUGUUGAAAUAUCAGUUGUGUAAAAAUUCUGUUAGAAGGCUUGUUAAAAUAUUUAAAUUGUUGAAAUGCAUAGUAACUAUUGAUUUAUUUACAAUGUUUUUUGAUUUUAUGACAAUCCAAGAAAGCUUUAAAUGUUUCAGAAGUUCCUGAACCCAGUGUUCUUUCAUAAAAUGUUAAGUUUAAGACAUUCAAUAAAACAACUCUGUGUGAUUUCCAA